AUGAACACCAAAUUAGCUUUUUUGUUAACUGCUUUAUUCUCCGCUUACUGUGUGGCUUCCUUCCCAGUCCACAACGAUUACACUCACCCUCAUAUCGUUGAAUUGACUGUCAUUUUUGAAGACAUCAAAACCCAUCUAAAUGAUUACAUUCCUUUAUGUUUCUUACCAGGUACUGGUUUCUCCUUAUUCAACAUCCAAAAAGGUAUUUUAGACAUUACUAUUGCUUUGUCCAUCCUUACUGAAUCUGCCAUUUCUGCUGUUUGUCGUGAUAUUGAUUAUGCCUUGAUUCAUGCUUGUAUCAUCAAAUUGCCAUGGUAUGCUCAUAGAUUAGAACCAGCUAUUAACGCUGCUUUGCAAGGUUAA